UACAUCGGUCAGUCGCUGUCCGUCCGUCCGUACCUCUCACAAUCAGAGAAAAAUGGCUUCGUGGAAUUCAAAUCCGGUGAAAGUUAUGUACCUGGUUCUUGGAUGGUCACUGCAGACACAGAGAGAAAUGGCUUCGUGGAAUUCGAUUCCGAUGGAAGUUAUGUACCAGGUUCUGGGAUGGACCGCUUGCCUAUCAUGGACUACGGCUUCCUAUCCUCAAGUCAUCUCCAAUUUCCGUCGGAAGAGUGUGGUGGGGUUGAGCUUCGAUUUCGCGGUGCUGAAUUUGACGAAGCACUCCUCGUAUCUCAUAUACAACGCGUCCCUCUACUUUAGCUCCACUAUUCAGAAGCAAUACUACGAGAAAUACGGCUACGAUGAGAUGAUACCUGUUGCUGCAAACGACGUGGUUUUCUCUGCCCACGCAGUUCUAAUGACAGCAGUUAUCUUGUUCCAAAUUCUAAUCUAUGAAGUAUGUGGCUUACUCGUAUAUCCACACCGACGUGGAACUCAGAAAGUCUCCAAGAUAGCUAUUGCAAUUGUCUCUGCCGUGUGGUUGUUUGCUGCUGUUUGUUUUUUCACAGCUUUGCCAACACAUUCCUGGUUCUGGCUCAUAUCUAUCUUCAACUCAAUUCAAGUAAUCAUGACAGUAAUCAAAUAUAUUCCCCAGGCGUUUAUGAACUUUGCGCGAAAGAGCACAGAUGGAUUCAACAUUGGUAACGUUUUACUCGAUUUUUGUGGAGGGGUGGCUAAUUAUGCGCAGAUGGCUGUGCAAUCUAUUGAUCAAGGUUCUUGGGUGAACUUUAAUGGAAAUAUGGGGAAGAUGUUGUUAUCACUGGUAUCUAUUUUCUUUGACAUUAUUUUCAUGUGUCAACGUUUUGUGCUCUAUCCUCGCAAGAAGUCUCAAGUCUCUCAUAAGCUCAUUGCGGAAAUCAGAGAACCACUCGUCAAGUCUGCUGACCGCCCACAAUCAGAAAAUGUUUAAAACUUUGCUCUGCUCUAAAUUCUAAUUAUAAUGUCAAGAGUCUAUUUUAAGGGCUGUGUUUAUUUCCAAAAGAAACAAAUCAGAUUUCAUGUGAAACGAAAUCAUAUGGAACAUAUUGUAAUAUUUGGAAAUAAA